UAACUCUAACUCUUUAAUCCAUCCCUAAUAACAAAAAAAAAAAACUCUUGAAUCCAUAUUUCCAAUCCUAAGAACCCUCUCAGAUAACACAAACUUGGUAGAUGGAGAUGGAGAAACUAGUAGAAGUAUGCGAACCAGCAGAGGUUCGCAUAGAAUUCACACUUAAUAGUAAAUGUCGAACAACGAUACAACUUAAGUCACUAAACCCAACCAACCCAAUAGCUUUCAAAAUCCAAACUUCAUCACCCCACAAAUUCCUAGUUAACCCUCCCACUGGACUCAUUCCACCACUCUCCAUGUCCACUUUUCAAGUCAUCCUCAAACCUCAAUCUCAUCUCCCUCCUUCCUAUCCUCGCUCUCCCAAAGACCGUUUUCUCAUCAAAACCGCGGAGUUCACAGCCAACUCUUCUGAUAAUGAUUCAAUUAACGCGUGGUUUGCCUCGUGUUCUUAUGGAUUAUCUACUUAUGAUAUCAAACUCAAAGUGGCGUUUGUUGGUUCGUUUCUUCUAUGUGAUGCUGUUUCUCGCGGUGAUUUGGAAUGUGUUAGGAGUUUGAUCAAACGGCAACGUUCUGUGGUUUUGGAUUUGUCUUUGAAGGAGUCUGAGUCGCUUCUACGAGUUGCUACGGAGUUGGCUCACCCAGAUGAUAUGGUUCAUCUUCUCCUUGAAGCUGGGUUGAGAGUUCAUGAAGCCGUUGGAUUCGAUAAAUUCAAGGGUUCUGAUGAUGUACCUGUGGUGGGUGGGAAUGUUGCUCGUGAUGAAGAACAGCAUGUGGAGGAUGUGGAACAUGGAGAAUUGAUGUUAGAGGCUUCGAGGCAUGGAAAUGUAAGGGAAGUCGAAUUACUGUUACGACGAGGUGUGAAUUUGAACUAUCGUGAUCAUUAUGGCCUAACAGCACUUCAUGCCGCGGCAUUUAAAGGGCACACGAAUGUGGCCUUGAUGCUUAGUGAGGUAGGGUUGGACUUAGAAUGUGAAGAUGAUGAAGGUAAUGUGCCCUUGCAUAUGGCAGUGGAGAGUGGUGAUGUUGAGACAGUUAGGGUUUUUGUUGAAAAAGGUGUGAACCUUAAUGCCAUGAACAAGAGGGGUGUCACACCUUUGUAUAUGGCUAGAGUUUGGGGUUAUGAGGAUGUAUGUCAGUUGCUUAUGAGCAAAGGAGCAUUGUCUACUCUUUCUCUUACUUCAGCUUAAAAUUGUAUUUUUUGUCAUUCACCAUCAACCAUAACAAACAAUUUGAGCUGUGAAAAUAGAUGAUGGCAGUAAGAAAUUUGAUAAUCGUUUUACUAUCAAGUACAUAAUUUUAAGGACUAAUAGUUUGAGAGAGUAUGAGUUUAAAUCUUAGUGGAAAUAAUCUUUGGUUUGGUUUUA